GCGAACACCAUCAUCACGUACCUCAAGCCUUUCCACGCAUGUCGUGUCUAUCACCGACGGGCAAGUUCAUCAGUGCCUGGCAGGCCAACACCACCAAACCUGCGCGUACAAAACAAAGAUCAUGAACAAAUGCGGCUGCGGUUGUGGCUGCGUACUCUUGGGUCUUCCGGCGGCAGGCGUCCUGUGCGCUCGACUGGACCCCUCUUGUUGUCCGGCGUCCACCGAAUGGAUCAGGAUGUUGCUGAGUUGGAUCUGAGGAUGUUGGCCGGCAGGCCCGUCAGCUUGAUGCCCGACGCAUCAAAGCGAGAGCCGAGGCUUUGGAUGUACCAGUCGCGACCGUUGAGCCGCGUCGCUGCCUGGGCGCACGCAUCCUCGAGGCUCCCUGUUUGACUGUUGUACUCGGUCGAGUAUUUGCCUCGCGUAAGGUCGUCAUCGGGGGCGGUCAAAACACUGCACGCAGCCCACACACGUGAAUGCAGACAUCCACGCAGCCUUUGUCUAUGAAAGAAUUUGUGUGUGCUCAGCUCACCGGCACGAUGAUGUCUCUGACCGACUUUGGCCACCAGUUUGGCAAAAGUGGAGUUCCGCCUUGCAUGAUGGUGUCGCCUAUAAAACGAUCACUCCGAGACUCCGGCCACACCGUCCCUCCGAAUAUUUCAAUGAGGCAGCACCCUGGAUGACAUUCAAUCACAAUACAUGGCUGAUGUGGGAGCUCGUCUAUGAAUGGCCCGUGCUCUUGAGCACUAACCGAGAGACCAGAUAUCCACCGCGUCGCUGAGUGGCUGAUGGGCGAGGGCCUCUCUAAGCUGGUACCGCCGCCAGCGUCCUCUAGUUCCACAUAGCCGUCCCGCUGACACCACAAAUAAUGUAGCACCCGACACACAUACAAGGAGACAUACAUGAAAUGUCCAGUACUGCAGCUGGCACCAUCAUCACGUACCUCAAGCCUUUCGCAUGUCCCUAGGUCAGCCAACUUGAGCUCGAGAUCAGCCCGACGUAUUAGAACGUUCUAAUAACAGGCAGGUAGGCAGGCAGGCAGCCAGGCAUCUUUCUAGUUGACAGGAAGCUUUUUGUUUGUACUCACCUGCGGCUUGACGUCUCUGUGUAUGAAACCGCAGGCAUGCACAUGGCCCACUGCACCAACCUGCGUACACCAAACAACACGCCAUUGAAUGGCAUCAAUAUCUGUGUCAUACCAGCUGCUCUGCCCAAGUGAGUCUUUGUUGAGCCGUCGGCCGUUCUCGCAGGCAACUCGACAGGACAUCUGUAAGAAGACAUCUCCGUGCACAAGACUACAGCAACUGUUCUUUCAUCUGCUGUCUUUCUAGCUGACCCCCUUCAAUGAGCUCCAACACGAUGCAGUGGUGGGGAAUCCUCGCGUUGGCCUCCCUUGCUUCUCGAUUGCCCCUGUGCCGGCAGACUCCAUGACAUUGCAGGAUGGACUGGUGUUGAAUAUAACUACACAGAGCCACCAAGGGCCAACACACCGAAACACACAAGAGUCACUUGGUCUUGCGGCCUUCUCGUGGACACGUAUGUCAACACACUUGCCUGUACGCUCUGACUUCUCGCUCGAAGUUCAAUACCUCCCAUCUUGACGGCCUCAUCCCUGCAGGCAGCCAACAAGAUAAUGUGAUCAAGCCAUGCUGAGAUACGCCGCUUCCCACCUGUCUGCAGUGACAGCAACAUCGACUUGAUGGCGACCCGCGUCUGGCCCAGCCGUCCCUCUUCCACCUGUAUCACACAUUCGAUUCCACACCAUGACAAGGACAUCGACUCACCACACAUUCGAUUCCACACAUUCGAUCACACAUUCGUCUCACCAAGCCGAAGGUCCCACUCCCCAGGGCUGGCCGUCUAUCCUCCCAGUCCAAAUCUGCACACACCAGGAAAGGGACACACAGAAGAAGGGACACACACAAUGAACACGGAGACAUCAAUUUCUGCUGGCAUACAAGUCUGUCUUACCGCUGAAGUCGAUUCGUUCCAAGAAGAUCGGCCCCUGUCCGGCUGAUGGCCCUCUGCGGCGGCCAUGGUUGCUUGGGCUCGCGGCCCGCCGCAGCAGCAACGCCGUGGGAUCCAGGUCCUGCCAGACUUCUUCUUCGAAGUCGUCAUUGACUUCCUGGUCCAUUGGCAGCUCAAUGAUGGCUUGCCGGCGCUGUACAAUCCACCUACGCAGCGCCUCGAUGGCGUCCCGGACAAGUUCUGCCGGGGCCGGGGCGAGCGGGGUGGGUAGGGGUGGGAGCGGUGCAGCCUGAUCCUCGGGUGGGUAGGGUGGAGGGUGCAGGUGGUGGUGCUGUGGCUGCUGUGGCUGCUGUGGCUGCUGUGGCUGCUGUGGCUGCUGUGGCUGCUGUGGCUGCUGUGGCUGCUGCUGAUUCCGGCGUUGCUGCUCCAGUGUGUCGGCAUGGUUCUGGCUGUGAGGCGGUGGUUGCUGUGCGAUGGGCGGCGGGGCAAUGGGUGCAGGUGGUGCCUCUUGGUGGAUGUCCAUCUCCUGCUCUCGCUCGUCAGACGGCGGCGCAGCCAGUGGCGGGGGCAUCAUGAGAAUGGCCUGUGCAGCGGGCUGCAGCUGCUGCAGCUGAGCCAUGUCACGGUCCCGCAGGGCGGCGAGGUAUCUGGCGAGGGACCCGAUGUGGUCGGCGUGCCUGGCGGGCUCCGCGCCCAGCACGUCGAGGGCGUCGGACACCCGGCGCAUCUCCUCUUGCUCCUCGGCGGUGCGCUCCUGUUGUGGUGGGGGUGGUGGCUCCUGCUGCUGCUCUUGGUGGUCGGUUGGAAGGCGGUUCUCAUCGUCGUUCUGCAGCUGAUGUGGUGCCUCUUGAUGCUGCUGCUGCGCCGCCAUGCUGGUAUCCUCGCCUC